AGGCAUUGUGUGGCCUCCACUGCCCAUUGACUCACUCAACGCCUCGGUCUCGUGCUCACCACCUCGCCGUCUCGAUCGCCAUGCCCCAACGUCUCAAGCGUCGCUCAGACGCAAUCUCUCGUGACCAGUCCGAACCAGAACCAGAACCAGAACCAGAGCCACCUCGCAGACGUCGUCCAACUACCCCUACAGACUCGGACACCGCCUCCUCAGCCUCCUCCGCACCCGCUUCCCCCUCCGCAGCAGGUCAAUCCACAGAGAGGAUCCUCAUCAAGAAACUUGUCCGUCUAGCCCUGGCGACAGAAUAUUCCCGCACCCCGCUGCGGCGAAGCGACAUUUCCCAGAAGAUAUUCAAGGAUGCCAACACCAGUGGAGGUCGGACUUCCUUCAAGGCUGUCUUCGAGGGAGCCCAGCGCGUGUUGAAGGAUGUUUUCGGGAUGCAGUUGACGGAGCUCCCCUCCAAGGAGAAAACCACUCUGAAGGAUCGCCGGACACAAGCCACGCAGACCAAGUCCUCCUCGAACAAUUCCACCAAGUCGUGGAUCCUCGUCUCCACCCUCCCGCCCGAAUUAAAGCAGAACCCUCUCAUCGCACAACCUACACGUGCCCCCAAUGUAGACGUCGAAUCCAGCUACACGGCCCUGUACACAUUCAUUCUCUCCCUGAUCUACCUAAACAACAACGCAAUCACGGACCAGAAGCUCGAACGCUAUCUCAAGCGCGUGAACGCCGACACCUAUACGCCCCUGGGGAACAAAGAGAAGCUCCUCCAGAGGAUGAUGAAGGAGGGAUAUAUCGAGAAGCGAAGGGAUACGUCUAGUGGCGAGGAAAUAAUCGAGUGGACGCCGGGGCCGAGAGGCAAGAUUGAGGUCGGGGUAGAAGGCGUGACUGGGUUGGUGAGGACUGUUUACGGGUAUGGAGCAGUGCCUCUAUCUCGAGGCUCUCGGCAAAAUAACGAGCGGAGACGGCGCGACGAAGACGUGGACGGAAACCAAGAGGCCGGCGGCGAAGAAGCUGCCCGCCUGGUCAAGAUCGAGGAGAACGAACUCAACGCCAAACUUUCGCGGAGUCUCGGCGUCAAGGUCGGAAAGGGUGGUGUGGUGGAGCAGAGUCGGAAAGGUGGUGGUCCAGAUGCUGAGGACAAUGGAGAGGAUGAGGAGGUGGUCGAAGAAGGGCCCCCGGGCCCGUCGAGACGGGGCGGACAGGGGCCCCGACCCAACACGUCCGGAAGAGAGUAGGGUUGAGGCGGUGGAAGAAGGAAUGUGCAAGAGGAUGACGACGACGAAGAUGACGAUUGAUUGUUUGACUAUCCAGAACCGCCGAAUGUGCCUCCGAAUGACUAUGAAAAGCGGCAGAGUGUUUCACGUAGACCACUGUACCAGUACCAUAUGCUCGACACGAUAAACAUGCUCGAUCCACAGGUGU